UAGAGCCGUUUGUAUUUUGGUUGCAGGGGCUCAGCGGGGGGAAGGAUCCAUCUGGGCAGAAGCCAGGAGUCGAGGCGGGUCAGCCACAGAGGGCAAGUGGAACCGGAGGGGAUGGCAGGGGAUCAACCCAUCCAGAACAGAAGCCUGCAAGGAUGAGUGCACUUCGACCCCCUCGGAGCAAAAGCCAGAGUGACUCACAGGAGGAAGACAAAGCAACCAAAGCCUCCAGGGUGUGCAGGGAGUCCAAAGUCACCAGAAGGAAGAAGAAAACCUGAAACAGCCAGAGCUGGCCAAGCCUGCUAGGACCUAUGCAAAUGAGACCCACCCACGCUGCCUGGAAAUCGGGCCUGGGAAGUCAGAAAACAAAGCUCAUGUGUGCAGGGCUGCAUGGACGGGUGGAGGAGGCUGCAGCUCUGAGGGGGCAGCAGCUCAGUUCUUCAAAUUAUUCAAAUGACCCGUAGAGAAGCAGAGAAAAGCCAGGUGUUUCUGUUUGAAGCGGAGAAGCAAGGCUGGAGUGCGCCUCCCUCCAACUCCUCCCUUGAACUCCCUAAGGUUGAAGGGAUGGCCAGCUCUAAGAUCUCAGCAGGCUGAUCGGCUGUGUGCUAAGAACAAGCAGACCGCAGCAGGGACGACUCCCACGAGGCCUCCCCGCGUGUGUCUGAGGAUGGCUGAGCAGCAGGGCCGGGAGCUCGAGGCUGAGUGCCCUGUCUGCUGGAACCCCUUCAACAACACAUUCCAUACCCCCAAAAUGCUGGAUUGCUGCCACUCCUUCUGCGUGGAAUGCCUGGCCCACCUCAGCCUGGUGACCCCGGCCCGGCGCCGCCUGCUGUGCCCGCUCUGUCGCCAGCCCACGGUGCUGGCCUCAGGGCAGCCCGUCACUGACUUGCCCACGGACACUGCCAUGCUCACCCUGCUCCGCCUGGAGCCCCACCAUGUCAUCCUGGAAGGCCGUCAGCUCUGCCUCAAGGACCAGCCCAAGAGCCGCUACUUCCUGCGCCAGCCUCGAGUCUACACGCUGGACCUUGGCCCCCAGUCUGGGGGCCAGCCAGGGCCACCCCCGGACACAGCCUCUGCCACCGUGCCUACGCCCAUCCCCAUCCCCAGCCACUACUCCCCAAGGGAGUGUUUCCGCAACCCUCAGUUCCGCAUCUUUGCCUACCUGAUGGCUGUCAUCCUCAGCGUCACUCUGUUGCUCAUCUUCUCCAUUUUUUGGACCAAGCAGUUCCUUUGGGGUGUAGGGUGAGCGCUGUUCCCAGACAAGAAACCAAGCCUUUCUCGGUUGCUGCUGGGCAUGGUGACUGCGGAGCCUCAUUUGGUAUUGUCUUCCUUUGUAGUGUUGUUUAUUUUACAAUCCAGGGAUUGGUUAGGCCAUGUGUUUGAUUCUGGGAACAAUUUAAAAAAAAAAAACUAACUAAAAGCUUGAAGGACUGCGAGAAGUGGAACCACCUCGACCUCCAGGUGUGAGUGUGACAUCAUGGAAGGGCAGAGAAGCAGUUCUGACCACAGAGCUACCCAGCAAGCUGUGCCAAAGGGUGGUACAAUAGGGUCCAGGAACCUGACUGGCCCAAAUAGCAAGUUGUAUUUCCCACUGGAGCUGCUUCAAACUCAGUGCACAUUUUUUUUGAGCUGCUCUUCCUACUAUGGAUUGCUAAAAAAAAAAAAAAAAAAAAAAAUUGGGAAGUGAGCUUCAAUUCUGUGGGUAAAUGUGUUUGUUUCUUUUCAGCUUUCUUUUUGGAUGUCUUGCCACCAGUUGCAGUAAAACUGUGCUGCAUUCAUU